UAGAGAGAGAGCUCUCACUGCUUAUAUAUAAACACAUAUGCAUUCAGAAUUUUAUCCUGGUUAGCACAGUUUUCUAUUCUCAGGUUAAGAGCUGGUUUGAUUCUGUUUAAAAGGUUCUUGUUUCUACAAGAUUUUGUCUUUGAUGCUGGUUAAAUGUUCUUUACAGUUGGUGGUCUUUAUAUCCAGGAAGGGGAAAGUUCUCAGUAAAACGCUCUGAUUGGACCAGAGAGUCUCCAAUGUUUCCUCCACCUCCUCUCCUGCUGUAUAUAAGGAGGUGAACCAUCAGUCCAGCCUCACCUUCAACCAGAGCAGAUCUCCACAGAGUUCUCCACCACCUCAGCAGAAGAACCCAUCCACAAGAUCUCCACAGAGGGAGAGACACUCAUCCACCAGAGGAGAAGAACAACACUUGGUACUUCAGUUAUUCCACCAAAGAUCAACAUGGACCCAAUCAAUGAAAUUCAAAUCACUCAAGGGGACCAGGAGCUAAACGGCUUCACCAGAAUCGAUGUAAACCUCAACCGUGUUGCAGGGGGGCCCAAUGUGUUCCUGUGGUACAGUAGGGGGGGUGACAACCCUAUCACCAGAAUCCAGUUUUCAUUCAGACAGGAAAUGAUUUUUGGUCUUAAAAAUUCUGGCUUCACCCGGAUCCCUCAAAGGGUAAAUCAAGGUGCCCCAGAUUUUCCCAUUCAUCUGUGGUACAUGAGUGGCAUCACUGAGUUUGAUGUCCCCAUCGUGGACAUCACGGUGACCACUAGACUGCAGGAUGAGCCGGCACUGUUCAGCAAGAACUGGGAGCGUCUGGGCUGCGAUCUGAACCGCAACAACAACGGUGGAGAUCCAAUUUACGUCUGGGUGAAGAGGAGUGAACGAACCUACAUCUGUGACAUCACAGCUACUAUCGGUUUUGCUGAAGAUGUAGAUCUCUUUAAUAAAGGCUACUUCCAUGUGGAUGAAGACACCAACCGAGGAGUGAACCCUGCAGGUGAUGCAGUGUUUGUCUGGUACCGUCAUUCCAGGAAUCAAGGCAUCACUGGCGUUCGUGUUUCUGUCGGUGAUGAAGUGAUAGACGACUUCACAAGGGUUGAUAAAAACCUCAAUUCUGGCACUGCUGGAGAUCCUGUGUAUCUGUGCUACAGCAAUGGGCCCCAUCCUCCUGUGCAGUACCUCACUGUGUUGGUCUGUAACAGGGUCUCUGUCAUCAUGGCGAUCCGGUGCUCCUCCUUACUCCUUGGGGUCAUGUGUCUCCUCAGUGUCCAGCUAGCUGGCACUGCAGAAAAUAAACAGUCUGGUGCCAUUAACUCUGGAUGGACACAGUACGGACCACGCGAGUUCAUGUUCUUUGCCAUCAAAAAAACCUGGGAGGAGGCUGAGAGCACCUGUGAGGAGUACGGCGCUCAUCUGGCUUCAGUGCACAGUGAGAAUGAAGACUCUUUCAUUAAGCGUCUGAUUUACAAUCAGGCUGGUUCUGAUCGUCCCUCGUGGCUCGGUGGCUACAACAGUCACAUGGUUCCCAAACGCUGGUACUGGACAGAUGAGUCUGCUUUUGACUUCUCUCCCUGGACCCAAGGCCAGCCAGAUGGCUCUGGACACUGUCUGCAGACCAACUACAAAGGCACUGUGGAAAAUAAACAGUCUGGUGCCAUUAACUCUGGAUGGACAUCAUAUGGACCAUGCCAGUUCAUGUUCUUUGCCAUCGAAAAAACCUGGGAGGAGGCUGAGAGCACCUGUGAGGAGUACGGCGCUCAUCUGGCUUCAGUGCACAGUGAGAAUGAAGACUCUUUCAUUAAGCGUCUGAUUUACAAUCAGGCUGGUUCUGAUCGUCCCUCGUGGCUCGGUGGCUACAACAGUCACAUGGUUCCACAACGCUGGUACUGGACAGAUGAGUCUGCUUUUGACUUCUCUCCCUGGACCCAAGGCCAGCCAGAUGGCUCUGGACACUGUCUGCAGACCAACUACAAAGGUGGCUGGGAUGAUCUUAACUGCAACAGUAAAAUUCCUUUUGUCUGUGCUCGACGGAUCAGGAAAGGUACUGCGGAAAAUAAACAGUCUGGUGCCAUUAACUCUGGAUGGACACAGUACGGACCACGCCAGUUCAUGUUCUUUGCCAUCAAAAAAACCUGGGAGGAGGCUGAGAGCACCUGUGAGGAGUACGGCGCUCAUCUGGCUUCAGUGCACAGUGAGAAGGAAGACUCUUUCAUUAAGCGUCUGAUUUACAAUCAGGCUGGUUCUGAUCGUCCCUCGUGGCUCGGUGGCUACAACAGUCACAUGGUUCCCAAACGCUGGUACUGGACAGAUGAGUCUGCUUUUGACUUCUCUCCCUGGACCCAAGGCCAGCCAGAUGGCUCUGGACACUGUCUGCAGACCAACUUCAAAGUUAACGAGAUUAAAAUUCUUCUCUAA